AUGUUUUCAUUAAUUAAGUCAAUUUUUGCUAAUACACAAAAAAAAGAGGAACUUAAAAUAUUAAUUAUUGGAGAAUGUGGCUCAGGUAAGACAAGUUUGUUUAAUUUAAUUUCCAGUUACGAUAAUAAAAGCAAAUAUGAUAUCUUAAAUACAGAAAUAUUAAGAAAUCACGAUCAUGCUAACUGUGCUUUAGGAUUCAACACUAAAAGCAUAAUCUUUAAUAAAAAAAAUUUGAAAAUUUAUGAUUUAGAAGGAACAGCAACAAAUACUAUAAAUAUUUAUGAUUGUUAUUAUGAUGAUUCUAAUGUUAUUUUUUACGUUAUUGAUUCAAGAUCUGAAAAGCAUAUAUUUAAAACAAUUAUAUAUUUAUCUCAUUUAUGUAAUAAUAGUAUUAAAGAUAAAUACAACAGUGAAAAUAAAAAUGAGGACUUUUUUAAACCUACCAUUAUAUUAGGUAAUAAAUCUGAAGAUGGUACUUCUUUCUUUUCUGCACCUUGUAUAUCUAAUUACAUAAAGACAAUAGAUAUUUAUAAAAAUGAGAAGUUUUGGAAUUUUGUUUUAUCUAAUGAUAACAUUUUUCUAAACUAUUAUUUAGGCAUAUUACAUGAAAAGGUAGUUGAUUAUUUUUUGGUAAAUAAUUACUCUUUUAAUGAAUUUAUACUGAAAGAAAAAAAAGAUGAAAACUUGUACUCAGAAAUUAUAGGAAAAUCAAAUAGUCUUAUAAAUAAUAUUAAAAAUAAUAAUAAAGGCUACAUUACCGUAGAAGAAGUUGAAAGUAAUGAAUUACUCUCUAAUAUUAUGAAAAAUAUUAUUAAUGAAAAUAUUAGUAAUUAUAAAAAUAUGCCAAUAGAAGUAUAUAAUAUUAGUGUACUUAAGAAUAAAGGAAUUUGUGAAGUUAUUGAAAUAAUGUUUGAAAAAUAUUUUAAAAAAGAAAAGCACAAUAAUCUCAGUAAUAUAUAUAACAUAAAUUAUGAAAAAGAUAACAAAAUAAUACAAAAUAUGAAUGAGCAUAUACCUUAUAAUGAAAAUGAAGAAAAAGGAACAAAAAAAAAUAUGCGUUAUAAUAAAAAAUAUAAUUAUGAUGCUAUAUUAAAUACGAAUGAUAAAUUCAAUUCACAAAAUAUUAUUUAUAACGGAAACAGAAAUAAUACAAUGAAUAAAUUGGUUUAUUCAUAUUAUCCUUCAAAUCCAAUAAAUGACUAUAUUUCAGAAAAAAAUUAUCAUUUCAGAAAUAAUGUUUAUAAAAAGAGAAUAAAUAAAAAAAAGGAAAAAUAUUCAAGCAUCCAAAAAAAUAAUUAUAUUAUGUAUAUGAGUAAUACAAAUUCUGUUAAUUUAUUUAUUGAACAUAUACAACAUUUAUAUUUUGGUAGAGAUAAUUAUGAAAAUAUUUUGGAUAAUCUUACUUUCACACAUAAUAAAAAUGUAAAAAUUAAAAAAAAAUUGAAAAUUUUUAAGAUCAAUAAAAAAAAAAAUAAUAUAAGUGAAUGUAAAUUAAACAAUAGUGAAGAGCAAAAUACAACAAAUGCAAAAAAAGAAUUGUAUAAAAAUAAUUAUACAAAUGAAAGAAAAAUAAAGAAAAAAAAAGAAUAUAGUGAAAAUAAAAUAUUAAGUGAAAAAUUAAAAGAAGUAGAAGAAAUUAUACAAAAAGAAAUAGAAAAAAAAGCGGAAGAAAACAUAAAAAGUGAUGUAGAAAAAAAAGUUGAAGAAAAUAUAGAAGAUGAAAUAGAAAAGAAAGUGGAAGAAAAUAUAGAAGAUGAAGUAGAAAAAAAAAAUGAAGAAAAUCUAGAAUGCGAAGAAAAAAAGGAGAAUGAGGAAGGAAAAGGUCAACAUAAAGAAGGGAAAUGCAAAGUUUUAUAUGAAGAGAAUAAGGAAAAAAAAGGACUAAUAAAUAAAGAAAUGAAGCAAUAUAUUCAAACAAAACACGAAAAAAUAUAUGUAGUAAGUGAGGAUAGAGAAAAUGAAGACAAAAAAGAAAAAAAAGAAUUAAAUGAACAAAUAAAUGUGAAAGAAAGAAGAAAAAAAGGUAUAAAUGAUCAAGAAAAUCACGAAGAGAGAAAAAUAAGAGAAAAAAAAACAAAUAAAAAUGUAAAAAAUAAAAACCAUAAAUAUGAAAUUAUACAAGAAAGUCAUGGAUACAAUAAUGAUAAAAAAUGUGAUGAAUUUAAAAACAAUUCAAAUUAUUUUAUAAACGAAAAUUAUUUAAAAUCAGCUAGUAAUUUAAGUUCUGUUUCAUUACUUGACUCAGAUACAAUUUUAAAAUUAGCUGAAAGAGGAGAAGAUUCAUGUAAAAAUGUGUCCAAGAAAAUGUCACAAAAUUUUUUUCAAAAAAAAAAGGAAAAAAGUUUUAUUUUAAGUGAAUUACAAAAUAUUUAUUGUUAUGAAAAUAUAGAACAAAAUAACAAGAACACAGAACAGGAAGUUAGAGAAAAUGCAUAUGAAGAGGAAAAGGGAGAAGAAGAGCAAACGGAAGAGCAGGAAGAAGAGGAACAAGAAGAACAUGAAGAAGAACAACAACAAAAAGGACAAGAUCAAGAAGUAGAAUAUGAAGAAGAAAAAGAAGCAGAAAAAGAACAAUCAGAACAACUAAAAGAACAGCAGCAAAAAAAUUUUAAAAACAAUAAUAUGUAUAAAGAAAUGAGAGAAGGAAAUUAUAUGAAUAAUAUUGAAAGUACCUGUUGUUCUUAUAAUAAAAAAGAAGCACAUGAAAAAUGCUCAUCUUAUAAAGAAAUAAGCUUAAAUAAUAUAAAAAAUAAUAAAAAUAACUACAUAUAUAAGGGAAAAAUUAAUAAAAAAAGAUAUUUAUUUAUGAAAAAAAAAAAAAAAAAAAAGCUUUUACAAAAUAUGAAGUUGAUUAAUAUAGAGGAAAAUUCUAGUAGUUCUCUUGAAGAUGUGAACUUAAUGAAUAUUAUGUAUGUUGAUUCAUUACACAAAAUUUAA